GGCGCCAUGGCGGCGGCGGUGGACGCGGAGCGGCUGCCGCCCGAGUGGCGGCUCUACCUGCUCCCCGCGCGCCUCGCCACCUUCCACGGCUGGCCCUUCACCGAGGGCUGCCUCUGCACGCCGCACAAGAUGGCGGCGGCGGGCUUCGUGCACUGCCCCAGCGAGAACUCGCCCGACCUGGCGCAGUGCUUCUUCUGCUUCAAGGAGCUCGAGGGCUGGGAGCCCGAGGACGACCCCGUGCAGGAGCACGGGAAGCACUCGGCCGGCUGCGCCUUCCUCGCCCUGCAGAAGGAUGUCUCCGAGCUCACCCUGCAGGACUUCCUGAAGCUGGACAAGGAGCGCAUGAAGAACAUGAUCCAAAAGGAAAUUUCCGAGAAGGUGGCCGAGAUUGAAGAAGUCGCCAAGGGUGUCCGUCGGGAAAUCGAGCAUCACGUCCUCUAGGCGCAGCGGCCUCUCGCUGGCCGCGGCCAUCUGUCUUAACUGAUGCCCCAGCGUUGCCCCUUUGAGUCGGUGUUUCUGCCUUGAGAGCGUUUCCCUGCUGGCCCUGCGUUCCCCAUCAGUCACUGGGUUCUGGCAGGGAAGGGUUAAGGCUAGGAACUUUUUUAAAAAGUCCCAGGACGCUUUAUUAUGCCUGUUAUGUGUUCGCUUCUGUUUGUAGC